UAUUUUAUCUACUAUUAUUACUCAUUAAAAAAAAAAACUACACCUCAUAAACAAUGACCGUUACACUAAGAAGAAGAAGAUUGAGAAGCUAAGCCAGCACAAAGAUUCUGAACCCAUCGCAAAGUCCUUAAUUCCGUUGAAAACAAAAUUGAAAUGAUGGUUUUGGCUUCCUCUCCCGUAACGGUAACUCUUUCUGCUGCUAAAACACUCGCCUCAAAUGCUCUCAUCCCGCACCACUCUUUCCCACCGUCACCGUCACCGUCACCGUCGUGGCUCUCCCUGAAACCCAUUUGCAGAAUCUCCUUCACUUGCGCUCUCUCACACAACCACGUCUACCCUAACCCAAUUCCCGAAUUCGCAAAAUCCGAAACUCGCAAGUUCCAAACUCAACUCUUUCGGAAGCUUUCCGAGAAUGUGGACGAGUUCGGGGACGACCUUGAUCAGGUUGUAGCCGUUUGCGCUCAGGCCUAUGCUAAUUCUUAUUGGCUACUUGUAGUUAUGAAUCCUACAUUAAGUGAUAGAAGUUGCUGGAGAUUUCUGGCCAAUUCCCUGCUAUCUGUUAUCUCAAUCAUGAUAUAAGGGUCAGGAAUCCAAAGGUAGAAGAUCAACUUUUAGAUAAUAGUAUAGCAUUUGGAUUAACAUCCGAUUUGGUGUCUCUUAGCAAACAUUGGGUUUUACAAAAUAAUUAAGUAGGUGUGAAGAAAACAAGGUGUGUGUGACCAACUGUAGUAAGAUGAUAAAAGCUUAACAGAUAUGAGGUGAUAUGUCAGUGUUUAGCAUUGGAUAUUAGCGUCUGACUUAGUUAAUAGAGCACAAGCUUCAACUUACCUAACUUAUCAAUGAGAAAAAGGUUGCUUUUAUGUCUUAAUUCCACUUUGAACAAUGAGUUAUAAUAAUAAACUGCCUUUGUUGGAAAACAGAUAUUUAGUGAGUUUUUGCACAAGGAUUAUGGAGGUCCUGGAACAUUGUUGGUGGAGCCAUUCACGGAUAUGAUGGUUGCUCUAAAAAAGAAGAAAUUACCGGGAGCAGCUCUGGCUGCAAGAGCGUCAC